ACUGGUGCGAGUGAGGGUGUACCAUCUCGCCCCGCUGUACCUGAGCCUCUGUGUGUGUGUCGGGGAUCUGUAUAAGGACCUCGCUUGUGUAGGGGAAAGUGCUAGGACGUGGCCAGACACAAGGAUGAGGCGGCACUAUCAACCUAUCAGGCUGUUGGUGCUGGUAUUAGCAGCAGCGGCUGCAUCAGCCUCCAGAGUGCGGUACUCGGUGGAGUGUGGAGGAGGGAGCAUGGUAGUGAGGGUACCAGUGUCUGGGGUGAAGCAGGUGGAGCUGGACAAAUGGGGAGCUCUGCCAGGGUGUGGAGCCAGGCUCCACCACUCCCACUACACCCUCACACUACCCCUCGACGACACCUUGGCUUGCGGUACCACCAGAGUCAGGAACAAGCUCACGGGGGAGGAGCUGUUCUACCACCGGGUGGCCAUCACAUCAUCCGAGGGAAGGCAGGUGGUACUGGUCAAGUGUCAGGUCGCCCCGAACAACGCCACCCACGACAACAUCGUCAAGAGAGAUGUUCUUCCGCCUGAGUUCGUGGAACCAGACUACAUCGAGAUCACGUCUGAGGUGACAGGGACCGCGCCCAUCCCCAUCCUGGGAGUGGGCGUGCGGCAGGACGGGCAGCUGGUUGGCGGCCAGAUUAACGUUCGUCCCGGCACACCACUCACCAUGGAGGUAUACCUGGAUGACACUUCAGCAGGCACCUAUGGCAUUUUGAUGAGCUACAUGGAGGUGACGGACACGGAAAACAAGAAAGAAACCAUUAUUUUCAAUGGAUGUUCUGUUGACCCUGUGCUGUUCGACAACUUUGUCACAACAACGGGUGACUAUGUUUCUGCCAAGUUCCGAGCAUUUAAGUUCCCCGAGACAAACUACGUCUUGUUCCGUGGAACUGUAGACAUCUGCUUGGACAGGUGUCAGGGGAUUGCGUGCAGUAAUGGUCAACUUGGCUUCGGGCGGCGGCGGCGUGAAGUUGUCGGCCAGUCUGUUGACCCGAACAAGAUAUUCGAAGUCACGAUGACCACUUUCUUAAAACUGGACGAAACACUCAACAGUACAAGCAAAGCAGGCCUUACAGACUUGGCCAAGGACAUGGUAGGCCAAGUAACUAAAGGUGUAGCAGCAGUUGAGCGCGCCCUUGUAGACGCAGAGUCAUCUCUGCCUUGGAGCCGGUCAGCGGCUGGGGGCGACCCCCCAUUCCAGUCUAGUGAAGGAAACGAGCCAGUAUUUAUUUACUACAGUCACAAUGGUGUACACAUUUACACUCAAAGUCUGUUCUUUGUGAUGGUAGCUGCCCUUCUUGUGGUCUUUGGCCACUAAGGCUUUUCAAGAACGACUGUUUGAAAUAAACCUGGAUAUGUGUGGGUGCAAUUAUUAAUCACUGGUUAAUGAACAACACUAUCUGAUUGCACUUCAGCUCAAUACUUGCUUUACCUACUAUUUGUCAGUGUUCAAAAUAAGUUAUUCACUGAUCUACAUAGGUUUUCAAAAAGUUUGCAUUUCUCUUUUUUAUAUCUUUAUAUAUGUAUACACAAGCACAAACUCUUGUAUAUGUGUAUGAAAGAAUCAAGGCAGAAACUUAAAUAUUUUGCUUAAGCAUUUUCGUGUUCUUCAGUACAUCUCUCUGAAGAUUUUGAUGAACUGUGUAUAAUUUCUUACCCAAGCAAAACAUAAAGUUUAGUCUGGUUUCUAUCAUUACACGUUCUGAAAUUUUUGCAUUACAUGCAUAUAUAUAUAUAUAUAUAUAUAUAUAU